AUGCUUGGCAAUCUUCUCCGUCAAUCGAAUUCAUUGAAUUUGCAAGCAAUUCGCUGGAAUUGUCCAUGGCAUCGAAACAGUUUUCGUCCGUGCUAUUUUCCAUAUAAAUUACAAGAAAAAUUGAAUACAGCGACAGUCGAGAAAAGAACACAAACCAAAGGUGGACAACUUAUGUUAAUGCGAAGAAUUUUGAGAGAACAACCAUUUUUGGGAUAUAAUACACGACCAUCUGAUUCGAAAAAGAUCUCAUAUCCAUUAUAA